AUGCGUGAAAUUACAGUGGAAAAGAUGAACGAUCAGUGGAUAAAUGCGCUCUAUGAAGCCUUUACGAAAAACCCCCGUGAAAACAGUCAUGUUCUUUCAAUUCAAAGUCAUGUUGUGCAUGGUUAUGUUGGUAAUAAAUGCAGCGUCUUUCCCUUACAAUUGCAUGGCUUCGAAGUGGAUGCAAUCAAUUCAGUACAAUUCUCUAAUCACGCAGGUAUUCUCUUCGAGAAUGUCGGAUAUUGCGGCAACCCUUCAUUUCUGAUGAAAAUCGCGGAUAUUGUGAAGGACGUUAGGACGAAGAAUCCUGACGUGAUUUUUAUAUGUGAUCCAGUACUCGGUGACAAUGGGCGUUAUUAUGCACCAAAAGAAUUGAUGCCUAUCUAUCGAGACACGCUUAUUCCACUUGCAAAUGUCAUCACUCCAAACGUCUUUGAACUCUCGUUGGUUUCGUUAUCAUUUAUAUUUGCAUUUCUGAUAUUUUGUAUUCUCUGCUGCACUCAGGAGAUUUUUCUGUUUGAACUGUCGGGUGAAUCAAUCACGAAUGAAAUGGAAUGUUUGAAUGCAAUUGAUAAGAUGCAUGAAAAAGGUGUUGAAACAGUGGUUGUAACAAGUGGUCUUGAAACGGAAACAACUAAGUUUUGUUAUGGGUCGAAGAUUACUGAAGCAGGCAAACCACCAGUACAGUAUCGAUUCGAUAUACCCAUAAUUCCGGGUAUGUUCGUUGGUACAGGUGAUGUAUUUUCGAGUUUAUUGUUGGUAUGGCUCGAGAAAUUAGAUGGAGAUCUGAAGGGUGCUAUCGAAAAAGUUAUUGGCAGUUUACAAGGACUUCUCAGACUUACUACGCGUGAUCUUUACGCGUCAAACCCUGGUCCAGAAUUUCGACCAGACGUUCGUGAACUGGAACUGCGUAUGAUCCAGAGUCGCGCAGAUCUGCUUGUGCCACGUUUCCAAAUCAAAACAACACAGCUUCGGAAAUAG